UCAGGAAGAGGAAAAUAGGAAAACAGCAGAGAGAAAAACAAGAGGAGAGGGGGCGGGGAGGCCUCGGUAUCCCGUGCAGACGCCUGGUGCUCCGGUCACUACCGGCCCAAGGACCCCCGGUCGGUUUUUGCGCUACGGGAAAUUCCCCCCCUUGAUCUUUCCCUCCAUGGUGGCGCCCAACGCCUCGAGUGGAACAGCUGUACCGCGGCCAUGAACAGCGGACUGCCCCCGACCCCCUCCGCGGUGGUGGCGGCUCCCGGGCCGCCCCAACUGCCUCCCAUGGGGGGACCCGGGGUGAAGCUGAAGUUCUGCCGUUACUACGCGAAGGAUAAGACGUGCUUCUACGGGGACGAGUGCCAGUUCCUACACGAAGAGCCGCUGGGCAUCCAUGGCAACAGCCUGGUGGGGUACCCGCCGCUGCCAGGGCCUGUCACCCCGGCGGCGUGCAAGAAGCUGGAGCUGGGAGGACUGGACGGGCCGCGGCUGACCAUUCCUGGAAUAGAUGGAGGGCCCUUACCGGACUCCAGUCUUACAGAUUCUUACUUCAGUACCAGCUUUAUUGGAAUGAAUGGCUUUGGAAGCCCAGCAGAGGCAAGCUACCCACGGAUGCAGCGAAUGACAAACAGCAGCAGUUCCCCAAGCCUUCUGAAUGACAGUGCCAAGCCAUACACAGGCCAUGAUCCUUUAGGCUCUCCAGCUUCUACUCUCUUUAACGACUUUGCUGGUCUCAGCAUUUCUCAAAGGCGAAAGACACCCAACCCCACUGCCAGCGAGUUCAUCCCCAAAGGAGGAUCCACUUCCCGGUUGAGUAAUAUGUCUCAGUCCAACAUGUCUGCCUUCUCUCAAGCGUUAUUCUCCCACCCAUCCAUGGCAGGUCCUGCUGCAGCCGGUCUAGCUCCAGGCAUGUCACUGUCUGCUGGGUCUUCCCCACUUCAUUCUCCUAAAAUAACACCCCACACAUCACCGGCUCCAAGACGACGAAGCCACACGCCCAACCCAGCCACUUACAUGGUGCCCACUAGUGCCUCAACACCAGUGACCAACUCCGUCUCCCAGCCCCCAUCUGCAGGACAGGUUAUCCAGAAAGAAACUGUUGGCGGAACAACGUAUUUCUACACCGAUACCACUCCUGUGCCACUCACUGGAAUGGUAAAUGCAGUUUUUCCAAAUUAUCACAUCUACCCACCAACUUCUCCUCAUGUUGCUUACAUGCAGCCCAAAGCAAAUGCACCUUCCUUCUUCAUGGCGGAUGAACUCAGACAGGAACUGAUCAACCGACAUUUGAUAACGAUGGCACAGAUUGACCAAGCAGAUAUGCCUUCCGUACCUGCAGAGGUUGAUAGCUACCACAGCCUUUUCCCCCUGGAACCGCUUCCUCCUCCCAACAGAAUACACAAGUCCAGUAACUUUGGAUAUAUUACUUCAUCCUACAAAGCUGUAAAUAGCAAGGACGACCUGACGUAUUGCCUGAGAAGAGUUCAUGGUUUUCGUCUGGUGAACACAAAAUGCAUGUCUCUGGUUGACACGUGGAAGAAAAUCCAGCACUCCAAUAUCGUUACCUUACGAGAAAUGUUUACAACCAAAGCAUUCGGAGAGCAUUCCUUGGUUUUUGCCUAUGACUUCCACGCUGGCGCAGAGACCAUGAUGAGCAGGCAUUUUAAUGAUCCCAGCGCAGACGCUUACUUUACUAAAAGGAAAUGGGGCCAGCAUGAUGGUCCUUUGCCGCGUCAACAUGCUGGGUUGCUGCCAGAGUCCCUGAUUUGGGCUUACAUUGUCCAGCUGAGCUCAGCACUGCGAACCAUCCACACUGCAGGCCUAGCGUGUCGCGUAAUGGAUCCAACGAAGAUUCUGAUCACUGGAAAAACCAGGCUGCAUGUCAACUGUGUUGGGAUUUUUGAUGUUUUAACCUACGAUGGCAGUCAGAGUAAUCCUGUAGCCCUAAUGCCCCAAUACCAGCAAGCAGACCUGAUCUCAUUAGGAAAAGUUGUGCUGGCGUUGUCCUGCAAUUCUUUGGCUGGAAUCCAACGGGAAAAUCUGCAAAAAGCAAUGGAACUCGUGAACAUCAACUACUCCUCUGACCUAAAGAAUCUAAUCUUAUAUUUGCUGACAGACCAAAACCGGUUGCGUAGUGUAAAUGAUAUCAUGCCAAUGAUCGGUGCUAGAUUUUAUACUCAACUGGAUGCAGCACAAAUGCGGAACGAUGUCAUAGAGGAGGACCUUGCAAAGGAGGUGCAGAAUGGAAGAUUGUUCAGACUCUUGGCCAAACUGGGAACAAUAAAUGAGAGACCAGAAUUUCAAAAAGACCCAUCUUGGUCAGAAACUGGUGACAGGUAUUUGCUGAAACUCUUUCGGGAUCAUCUUUUCCAUCAAGUGACAGAAGCGGGCACUCCCUGGAUUGACCUCAGUCAUAUUGUAUCUUGUCUUAACAAGUUAGAUGCUGGCGUGCCCGAGAAGAUUAGUCUCAUAUCCAGGGACGAGAAGAGCGCACUUGUAGUAACGUACAGUGAUCUAAAACGCUGCUUUGAGAAUACGUUUCAAGAACUGGUAGCGUCGGCGAACGGUCAGUUGUAGUAUUUGCUCAAAGCAUGCAGGACAUUGCUUGACGAACUAAACCGAUUGCAAAUUGCACUACAGCUGAGUUGUCAUUGUCAUCUCAUUUCACUAUUGGGAAUCAAAAUCGGAGAUGAGCAGAAGCUGCUUGCACUUCAGUCAGGUACACUGUUACUUGAAGGGAAAAACGAAGCGUGUCUUCUCAGUUCGCCGCAAGCUUUUGGAGGCUUUAUCUGUGAAUUAUUAUUUUUUUUCUCCUCUACUUGUAUGCACUACUUUUAAUUUGAAGACAUUUAAGGGAAUUUUUUUUUUUUUUUUUUCUUUCCUUCCAAGAAUUUUUUUUUUUUUUUCAGGGCCACAGUGUUGUCUUCACCAACAUCAGAAAUCGUGAAUUGCUUGUGUCCCGGUAGUGGAUCAGUUCCAGCAUUUUUUUUUUCCUUUUUUGAGUUUUAACCCUUCAAUUGAAGUGUGUGCAAGCUGUUUGUCAUACUCAUUAUGCGAAGGAACAUUUCAAAGCAUCAUCCACCUAGCGGUGUCAGUCUCGGUCGCCGUGCACGAUUACAACACUUUUACGGAGCUCCCGUUUAUUUUUGUAACCUGUUAAAAAAACAAAACAAAAAAAACAAAAAAACACAACCAGCCGCCGCCUGUUAUAUAGACGAUUUUCUGCUUAUGCAAAAUGUUUCCUAUAAAUAUAUAUAUUUUUUUUUUCUAUUGGUUAUGGCACCCGUUUUGAGGAAUACCUACCAAACCUUUUAUUCGUCAUCAUGUCGAAAAACUGCAUCUUCACUAGGGUAAUGUUACACUGGAUAUGGAGACACUGAUAACAAUGAAUGAAUAACUGGGGCCAGAAUCUUCUUUGGCGCCUAUUGAGAAACUUUAGUUGAACGUAUUUUUUUUUUUUUUUUUUUUUUUUUUUUUUUGCCCCUCUUCCCCCCCCCCCCCCCCCCCCCCCCAAUUUUCUAGCCUGAAAGCUGUGGCACUGAUUUUUUUUAUUUUUUUCAGUGAAUAGUGGAAAUAAAAAGCUACGUUAAACUGCCAAAUCUAUAGGACAAUGGACUGUACCACAUUUGGCACUUAGUAUGGAUAUUUUUUAAUGACCCGAUCUGCUAUGCCAUGAAAUCCAGAAUCGGAGUAGGAGAAAUUCAAAAACAGUCAGACUAUUGUGAAGCUUCAGUAUACAUGUUGACUUCAGUUUUAAUGAUUCUCAUGAUGUGUAUUAUUUUGAGACGUCUUUUCUGCUUCUCAGCUGUCCAUUUUUAAGCUUUACUGACCCUUACAGGAUCUUACUUUUGGAGAACAUAUUUGUUUUUGUUUUUCUUCAGUAAUCUCAAAGGUGUAUGCAUGCACCUACCAAAAUAUCGAAGUUCAUACAUCUACAAUACACACAUUAAAUAUACAUGCAUAUAUUCAUAAAUACCCAUGUGCAUAUACCUGUGUACACAUGUAUAUAUGCGUAAAUACACUCACUUAUAUACCUGUGUUCACAUGCAUAUACACAUGAUCAUAAUUGUAUAUGAACAUUCAUGCAUGCAUACAUAAACACGUGUGUGUAUACAUAAAUACUCAUGUAUAUACACAUAGACUCAUAUACAUGCAUAUAUACAAACAUGCACAUGCAUAAACACACACACGCCUAUAUACAUACAUACACACUUUAUAAUUUUCAAUUGACGACCUAUGUUGCCGCCAUGUUACGUCUUGCCACGGUUUUGUCACUUUUUGUAAGGAUAAUGAACCUGUUCCCAUUAAGGCGAAUUUAAGCAAGAACUGUCUCUUAUCAUUAGCUUGUGUAUAUGAGCAGAGAAACAGCAGUUUUUUUUAUGUUUUUGACAAAUCAUAUUGCAAUUUUUUGUACAAAACAAAAAGUACUUGUAUUCUAGAAAAACAUGCUUAAUUUAUAAGUAUUUUUUAUUUUUUGCGUUCCUGGACAUGCUCAUAUAGACAUACAGGGUUCCUGCCUCACCUUCCUCUACAGUCUUUUUCCUGUCAGUACUUUUUGGGGACCAAUGUUUAGGGUUUUUGAGGGAGAUCAAGACUUUCAUCCUUAAUUGACCAGCAAACCAAUUGCAAUAUUGUGGGGGGGAGGGGAUAUGACCUCUUUGGGUCUCAUUAUUUUAUUUUCCCUCUCUUACUAUUGACUUAAUUGUAAUCUCAGGAUAAAACAAAAAAAGGAAAAAAAAAAAUCAACAAAAAAGAGAAAUGGUAACCCAUGCAUG